AAAGAUCCCCAUCAUCUUCAACAACUUUCCCACCUUUUUGUUCCUAUUUCCUAUUCAUCCAUCGAUUACCUGUCGCACUGUCCUCCUGCACGUAAAACCAGCCUUUCCCGGAUUUCCUGAUUCCGAGUCACCUCCAAGCCUUACUAUAACUACAACUAUACCUAUUAUAACAACUACUCCUGUUGCCACCAUAUAGAACGGGUUCCUACCACACACCUAGAUACAGACCUACCCAAACGACCCUUUUCUCAAUCUCACAUCUCCUCCAAAAUGCCUGCGUCGGUAGCAUCCGCUCCCGUCAACCGAACCUCCACCAAGACGGCAGCCUCGAGGACAAAGAAAGCGGGUGCUGCUAAGUCUUCGUCCAAAGCCGUCAACGGCGCAACCAACGGUGCUGUACACCACUCGCCCUAUGAGAUCAUGGCCUCGAGAAUCGCAAACCGCGUGGCAGAGAUGGCCGAGAACUACACGUUCGUCGAGCGAGAGAAGCCUCAACCCCGACAAAAUGGACAAUCGCCAGCGCCUCAGCAGCGCAAGCCUCCGCGGAAGCUCGAGGUUCGACUGCCUCCAACUGGACAAUCCCCCACCAACAUCACCUUCUCCGCGCCAUUCCUAGACAACACCCUAACCAAGCUCCUCACCCUCCAGAACAGGAUGUUGAAGGUCAGCAACGACAUCGCAGCCAGUGAGGAUGUAGACGAGAUCACCAAACAAGAGCAGUUCGCACAGAGCGCAGAGCUGUCGCGUAUCAUAGCAUUGAUCUGCGCAGAGAAGGCCAGGCAAGGCGCAUAAAGAGGGAAUUUUUACACCGCGUCCCUUUUUUAGUCCUAUCUUUCCGGCAAUCCCAUACGGCGGCUCCCUGAAUUGUGAGAUAUUUUCUUGGCCACGGUGGGCGUUUAUGAAAUGUUCCUCGUCUCCUCUACCCCUGGGAAUGUGAUUCGAUCUAUAUUUCAACUUUCCGUACCUUGGUUCGAGUCUCUAUUUUCUUCUCUCAUUAUAUUUUUAUCAUAUCUGGUACGGCACCGUCACACAGUACGGUUAUAGCAGUCACGGCACAGCAACGUUAUCCCUUUACUUCUCUAUUUCUUCUUUCGCGGUACGGAACUAUGGAAUUCGGCGUAGGGUAAAGGAAUGAAACAAUAACACGGGAUGUAUGUAUGAUUAGCACAGCACAGCACGAGAUAUUGGGAAGAGAAAAAAAGCAUAGCUUUCCUCGAAAACCUAAAACACCUG